AUGGGUCUCUUAUUCAAUGUCGUGCUGGCAGUGUUCGCUGCCACGGGCAGUUUUCUCUUUGGAUAUGACUCCGGUGUCAUGACCAUUGUCAUUCAAUCACCGCACUUUCUUUAUUUCUUCAAUACGACGCAGACGUCAGCGACUAUAGGCGCCAUCAAUGCGACGUUUUCAGGAGGAGCGGUGUUUGGAUCAUUGAUGGGAGGGUUCACGAUGGAUCGUCUGGGGAGGCGAAAGACCAUUAUGAUCGGUGCGACCAUCAAUCUGAUAGGUGCAGUCCUACAAGCCGCUGCUCAGGCCCUUUCCAUGGUGCUUGUCGGACGUAUCCUCGCUGGCUGGGCUGUGGGUUUGAUGUCCAUGUCCGUCCCUAUCUAUCAAGCAGAAUGCGCACAUCCAAAGACUAGAGGACUGAUUGUCGGUCUCGCCCAGCAAAUGAUCGGUGUGGGAUUCAUCGUUUCCACUUGGGUCGGAUAUGGAUCUUCAAAAGUUCCUGAAACAAGCUCAUUCUCAUGGCGUUUCCCGCUCGCAUUCCAGUGCGUGCCAUGCCUCAUCAUCCUUUGCGGAAUGAUGUUCUUCCCGGAGUCGCCGCGUUAUCUUGUAGAAACCGAUCGGUCAGACCAAGCGAUGAAGGUGCUGAGAAAGUUGCACUACGAUGGAUCAAACGACGAGUGGCUACAGAAUGAGUUCAACGAGAUCAAGCUCACGAUCGAUGCGGAACGAGCCAUUACAGCUCCAGGGUGGAGAGUCAUGUUCACUGUGCCAGUAUGGAGGACGCGACUGAUGCAUGCGACUCUUGUCCAGGUGUUCACGCAGAUGACUGGAAUCAACGUCAUUGGAUACUAUGGCACUAUUCUCUACAAGAACCUAGGAAUUACCGGAGAUCGUAAUCUUCUCGUUACCAGCAUCUACAACGUCGUUGGACCCCUCUUCAACUUCGUAUUCAUAGUUUUUUUCCUCGACAAAGUCGGGCGCAAGAAGCCUCUCAUCUUUGGCACCAUUGGGAUUUCAAUUGCGCUCAUCUGCGAAGCAGCUAUCGGAUCGCAAAUCGAAGGUGCCACUGGGUCACGCAGAGACGGUCUAUCUGCGGCAGGUGUAUUCUUCCUGUUCGCAGUAUCUUGCAUCUUUAGCGUGUCUUUCGGUCCUAUCUCAUGGGUCUAUGCGUCCGAAAUCAUGCCUCUGAGUAUUCGUGGUCGCGGGUCUGCUUUCGCUACGGGUAUCGGUAACUGGCUCGUCGGGACAGUAUGGUCGCAGGUGUCUCCCAUCGGUCUCGGAGCUAUCACGUACCAGUUCUACUUUAUCUUCGUGGCUUUCAAUAUCUGUGAAACGAAGCAGCUCACGCUUGAGGAGAUUGACCUGUUGUUUGGAGAUAGGGCUCUUGGCACGUUACCAGAUGAUCUAGAUGAUAAGGAGAAGGAACUUGAGCUACAGAGGAUUGAUGCUGCAAGGAAGCGUCUAGCUGGCAACACCGUGACAGCGGUCCACUAA